AUGGAGGCAGCUCUGUUCCUCAUCUUUUGCUUCCUAUUAUCAUUCCUUCUCCUCGCCGCCGUGAGUUCCCGACGGAGAUCCACCGUACUUCCUCCGGGACCUCCGGGAUGGCCUAUCAUCGGAAACCUUCUCCAAAUCGGAAAAUCUCCACACCGUUCAUUUGCCGACUUCUCAGGAAUUUAUGGACCAGUCAUGAGUCUUAGGCUUGGAAAUUUAACCACGGUCGUUUGUUCCUCUCCUGAGGCAGCAAGAGAGGUGCUUAAAACACACGACCAAGUCUUUUCUGGACGAACCAUCGCUGAUCCGAUUCGAGCCAUUGACCACCACGAUGUCUCCAUGGCAUGGCAACCUUCGACGUCAUCUCGGUGGAGGUAA